AUGCAUGCAUCUAAGUGGCCCUGCAACAAGGACUAUAAUACCGGACAAGAUAAUGCUUCCGCUACUUUAUGUAUACUUGUAAUUAAUUAAGUCGUGCCAAGGAGAAAACAAAAAUAAUUUGUUUGAUUGGUUGGGGGAAGGGAAGAGAUAGGGGUUUGUGUAAAUUGUGAUUGUGGUUGGUGGUUUGUGUGUGUGCAGAAGGCGCAGCCCUAUUAGCCGACCCAAGUAGAGAGAGGGUGUUCUGGAGCCGACUGAAAUGUCGUGCUUAACAGAACACUGUAAAGCUGAUCCCACUCUGCCUCAUAUAAGCCUCAGAAGAUGUCUCUGUUUCCACCACAGAUAUUCUCUCUGACUCUCUUUCCUUUCUCCUCUCAAUUCCUUUCCACCCCCUGUCUCUCUCCUUCCCCAUAAAACCCCACCACAUUCACACUUCAACACUCCACCCCAACCCUUCUUCACUCACUCCCUACAUUCAUCUUCACACAGCAACCCAACACUCAACUCUUCUUGCUCUUAUCCCAUUGCGCAACAUGCCAUCCUCCAACUCCGGCGAGAGCCGUCGAUCGACUAAGCCCCAGAGCUCCGCUGGAGCGCCUCCACCUCCAGAGCAAGAAAACCUCCCCUGCCCCCGUUGUGAAUCAACCAACACUAAGUUCUGCUACUACAACAACUACAACUACUCCCAGCCGCGCCACUUCUGCAAGUCCUGCCGCCGGUACUGGACCCAUGGCGGCACCCUCCGUGAUAUCCCCGUCGGCGGUGGCAGUCGCAAGAACGCCAAGCGCUCACGCACCCACCACACUGCCACGUCAUCGUCCUCCUCCACCAUGACGUCACCUCAGGAGCACGCUCUACCUGCAUUGGCUCCCGUCCCAACCACCCAAGGAGGGUCCAUGCACUUCGUGGACGGUGACGUUAAUAAACAGAAUAACGUUAAUGUCUGCGGGAGCUUCACCUCGUUGCUGAACAACACCCAGGGCAAUGGGUUUCUCGCACUCGGCGGGUUUGGACUUGGGCUUGGACAUGGGUUCGAUGAUAUGGGCUUUGGGAUUGGCAGGUCUGGCUGGGGCUUUCCCGGAAUGGUGGAUGGUGCCAACAUGGGCGGCGGCGUUCCGUCUUCUGGAUUGGGCCCGUGGCAGUUAGAGAGUGGCGAAGGUGGGUUUGUUAGUGGAGACUGUUUCUCCUGGCCUGGGCUUGCGAUUUCCACACCGGGAAAUGGUCUCAAAUGAAAUGCUUCUUUUUAAUUUUGGUUUUUUUUUUUUUCUGGUUUGGGUGCAAUGGUGGGUGUGCUUAUGGUUUGAGUUUAGGGUUACUUUUUCCUGGUAUAAUCAUCUGUGAAAUUUGAACUACAACUAAGACUUUUCUUUUCUAUUUUAACCUAUUUCGUUUUUCUUUUCCUUA